AUGUUAUCACCAUUCUCAUCAAUUAAUGACAAUAAUGAUUCAAAUAUCAUUGAUUCAUUGUAUCAAUUGUGUAAAGAUAAUGAAAUCGAAAAAGUUCGAAGUAUUUUACCAUUUAUUGGCAAUAUAAAUAUUAUAAAUAGAAUUCAAACUUCAACUGGCUCAACAUGUUUACAUGUCGCAUGUUAUUAUGGUCAUCGAGAAAUGGUAGAAAUGUUAUUGGAAUAUGGAGCUGUACAUUCCAUAAGAAAUAUACGAUAUAAUUUAACACCUUAUGAAGAAGCUCAAACAGAUGAUAUAAAACAAUUAAUUUUAGAACAUCAAAAAUUAUUUUCAAAUAAUGAUUAUGAUUAUAUUGAAUGGUCAGUAGUAGGCGAUGAUCUUCUUGGAAAACGUCGUGAAUUUCGUGAAGCUAUUGAUGUAUAUAAAACUUAUGAUAAUCAUCAUUUAAUGUCAAAAUUAUUAGCUGAAGUUAUUCAUUACUAUUUAAAUGAAUAUUUAGUAAAUCAAAUUAAUGAUACUAAAAAUCCCGAAGAUCAAAUUACUCGUAAACAAAUUGAAACUAUUGAAUCAUACUUUAAAGAAGCUAUAGAAAAACAAGAUUAUUUAACAUAUUUUAUCAAAGCUUAUACAUUAACAAAUUUUUUUUAUAAAGUACUAAAUAGAAAUUUAGCUUUAUAUAUAUUAGAAUAUUUUGAUGAAACAAAAACUUUUUCAUCAAAUUAUCGUCUUGUAAAUUGUCUUGUUCAUAUUGUAACACUUUUAAUUUAUAAUCCAAAUUUACCUCAAUAUCAAUAUCAAGGUAUAUGUUAUCGUGGUAUGAGAAUAACACAAAAUGAUUUAGAUCAAUAUCAAUUAAAUCAACAUAUAUUAAAUCGUACAUUUUUAUCAACAUCUACUGAUCAUCAAGUAGCGGCGAUGUUUGCUGGUGAAUGUCAACAAUCACAAAUGAGAUAUACACCUAACGAUCAUUGUGCAUUACAAUAUUCAUGUUUAUGUCAAUAUUUAAUAAAACAAAAUUCAACAGCUAUGGAUAUACAAAGUUUAUCAACAAGACCAGAUGAAAAAGAAAUUUUAAUUAUUCCAUUUUCCGUUUUUAAAGUAAUGAAAAUUAAACGAAAUUAUCUUGAUGAUUCAACAGCAUCGAUUUCCAUUGAAAUUGAAUUAGAAGAAUGUGAAGAUGUAAUUGAUGAUAAAAAAGUAUCAGAAAGUGAACCAACAUCGAGAUCAUCAUCAUUGUCAUCAUCUGAUAAUGAUAUCAAAGAAAUCGAACAUUACGUAAAAUUUAAACAGCGAAAAUAUCUUUUAUAUGGAAUUGUUGGAAUUUUGACAUUAGCUGCUCUUUUGGCGUUAACUUUUAUAUUCAUUUUUACUUUUGUUGGUUGUCCCAAUAUAUUAAAUCAAUCUAACUGGAAUGCGCGUCCAUAUUUAUUUCGCGAGAAUCUAACAACAUUCCCAGUAACACAUAUUGUUAUAAGACAAUUGGGUGAUUCGGAACCAAUUCUAAAUCAACAAGAUUGUAUUAGAAAUAUAAAAGAUCUUCAAGAUUUUCAAAUGGAUAAACUAGGUUGGGCUGAUAUUGGUUUUAAUUUUCUCAUAUGUAAUUAUAAUGAUGAUCAACAACAAAUUUAUAGAGGUAGAGGAUGGAUAAACCGGGGUGCACAUUGUCGUGGUUAUAAUUACAACUCUUUGGGUAUUGGUAAUAUCGGCAAUUAUGCUACUAGAAAAUCGUUAAGCACGUUUAAAUCAUUAAUUAAAUGUGGUAUUACAAAGAAUGCUAUUGUACAAAAUUUUAUAUUGAAUGUUUUUGAUGAACUUCAAACAGCUUUAAUUAAUAAAACCUUUGAAGCUGCUUUUAUUUCUCUACAAGGUUCGUACGGUAUUUAA